UUGCUGUUAAAACUCGGUGUCGACAUCCAAGAGACACAUAAAGAAGCAUGUCCCUGAUAGUUUGAAUGAAUUAUCAAACCAAGUCCGGGCAUUUCAAAUCAGUUGGUCCACUCCCUUUGCUCUAUAAUGAAACACCCCCUGGCGCAUGGCUCCGGGCUCCUUUAGUUCGUUUUACCCGGUAUGAUGAACUCAGGAGCAGCUAGGCAACCUAGAGGCUCGGCAAGGAAGAAGAAGAAGAAGAAGCUUAAGAAAAACAGGCAUCAACAUAACCCAGUCAGAGACUACCAGCGUGAAGGCUCUAUCUGGGAUCAGGAGUUCAUCCCUGAACCGUUCCGUAUUUGGCAAAUCGAAAAUAGGCCUUACAUGGAGGUGUGGGAAGAAAACAACUCCGACAUAAGCCGAGCCGCCUUUUUCAUGAUAGAGUCCGGAGCUGCAAACCGAGUCAUGCCUCAGGUCGAGCUCGUGGCAGCCUUUUGCCCCGACAUUGUCUUGGAAGAACUAAAAUCCGGGUGUCUAAAUGCUACAUCGACCCCGGUGUCUCUUCUCGACGAUCGAACGAACGAUGGGGUGUGCGCACUCCCCCGAGAUUACCUUGGUCCUCUCACUGCGCACCAGCUCUAUGUAGAGUUGGCAAAAAAGAGGUUUCACUGCAACGACGACUUUCCGCAACGCAGCAGGUCCCAACAGACAGCACAAUCACCUCAGCGGAAUGCAGACCGCCGUCUAAUAUUCAUCACCGACCUGAACCGCUGGGCAUUGAUGGCCAUCAUCUCAACGGCCUCCAUUAAUCAAGCUCGGGCGUUGAGGGAUAGCUUGUACCGACACCUAGCCUUUGAGAGCUUUAUCGGUGCCGUUCCUCCACCAAAUGGAUAUGCGACUUUCCAGCUAGCGUUUGACCUACCAUUUUUCGUCCUAAGAACGGCGCCGCGACACCGACCGCCGCAAGAUCCCCGAGGAGUAGGAGAAAACAGCACUCUCCGGAAGGUCACAGAUUUGAGUUUCCUUUUAAGAAGGCCAAUGAAAUCGGACCCUCUCACGGAAAUUGACUUUCUUUGUCAGGCUCAAGUAUCCGUUCUUAUUACAGGUCCGGACCCUUGGAGAUGGGUGGCAUAUUGUUUCGCCGACACAUACUUUGAGCACGAAACGAGACGGGAUAGCGCCGAGUCGUAUGACGACGAUAUGGUGUUCGAUGAAGAUGAUGGCAGUGUGCUUUGCCAACCUGACCCCUUUACCCUUGGAGAGCAGGAUGCUAGCCGGCCGAUUUUAACUCCUCGGGAAUACUUUGUGGUUGUUCUGGAGUCGCGACUACGACAUGCAAGAGACGAAUGGCACGUAUUAGUAACGAAGUUGCGGCGUAUGAUUGACGAAUACAUUGAGACCUGCCCAAUCAUGACGGCAGACACAACUUCCCCAAGUGCUGAUGAUCCCGCUGCUGUGAGGCGAUCUCGUGAUUGGGCUGUGAAGACCAAAAAGCUCCUACGCCAAUUGACUCAGAACCUCACCGCCACGAUCAACCAACUGGAGUCUUUCAAAACGGAUGAGACUUUCACGACUGUCACGGGGCCUCGAUCAAGGUACAUUCCUGUGAUUCUUGCCAACAUAAAACAGCUUGGAAAGUUUUUGCAAGACCUUGAGUUUCUCGGCCAUGAUUGUGAUGGCUAUACUGCCGGACUGUCAUUUUAUCUGAGCCACGAGGGCAAUCGCGAUGCAAAGGCCCAAGCCCGCGCAGCCAAUUCUGGACAAAUGAUGGCUUUUGUCAUGUUAUUUAUAUUCACCCCUAUUGCACUUGCAGCUGCAGUAUUAUCGAUGCAGGAAAAAGCCAUUCCUCCACCCUUCCGACCAAACAGUAGUUCUUUCGUCAUCCUAGUAUUGGUAUUCAUGGUCUUGGUGUGGUCAGCUAUCGGCGCGCUGAUGAAUUGGGAGCGAAUUAGAGACGGCAUAAAAGAUCUCCUUCAACCGGAGUUGUACAACGCAGACAUAGAGCACCAAGAAGGAUAAAUUCAUAGGUCGAUCGAAUGAUAAUAUCGAAGUUUCGCAGUUGACAACGUAGAUAAAACGAUCGUCCUCGAAGUUUUAAAAUAGAGUGUCUUAACUGAGCUAUGAUGAUGAUCUGUUGGUGGGAUAUAUGUGUUGAGUGCAGACUACACCCUAGCAGAACAGCUUGGGUCACAGGAAAUGGCGAGACAAGUGGAGAAAAGAAGUAGCGUGCUACAUACUCCAUUCUCACGUCUGAUAGU